AUGAAGACUCUGUCUCAAUCAUACUCAACCCCGUCCAGUAUCGAGCAAGCGGCAUCCUCCAAACCGACCUCCUCCCGCAACAAUGCCCACAACGGCCUUCUAAUCCGCGACAGCAUUAUCGGCUUCGCCGACGGGCUCACCGUGCCCUUCGCUCUGACAGCUGGCCUCUCCGCCUUGGGUAAUUCCAAGAUCGUCGUGCUAGGCGGUCUGGCCGAGCUCUUCGCCGGAUCGAUCUCCAUGGGGCUUGGAGCGUACCUUGCGGCUGUGACGGAGAGGAAACACUAUGCUGUCGAGGAGAACAGACAGCGGAGAGGAUUGAGGGAGAAACCUGAAGUGGAAGAAGAGCAAGUGUUUGGCAUCUUUGAGAGGUAUGGGAUCGGCAGGGAGAGGACGAGAGGAGUGGUGGAGGGAUUGAAAGGGGAUGAGGAGACUUGGGUGAAGUUCAUGAUGGACUUUAGCCUCCAGCUCUCCAAGCCCGAUGCGAAGAUGGCCUGCAUCGAAGGCCUAGUGAUGGGAAUUUCCUACUUUCUCGGCGGCCUCCUGCCCAUGAUACCUUACUUCGCCAUGCAUACCGUCAACCACGCGCUGUUCACCUCCAUUGGCAUCACAGUCGUUAUUCUGAUCGCAUUCGGAUACGUCAAAGCGAGGGUCACCGGCACCACACAACGGGAUGCAGGGUGGAGCGCAGUGCAGACGUUGGUUGUUGGGGCAGUGGCGGCAGGCGUGAGUUAUGGCAUUGUGAGGGGUGUGAAUGCUUCGGGAAUUGUGUGA